CUAUAAAGAAAAUUCAUCUAUUCGUGUUGACGCUGUCAAUGAGGAGGAGAGAGAACGAGAAACCGUUAUUUAAAAUGAUAUUCACAGUCGAUGACAAAUUACGAAUUUUUAAUGAGGAAUGCAACGAUAGUCGAGGCUGUUAUUUCGCAGAUUUCGAGAAUUCGAAUGAAAUAUAAGAAGCAUAACCUACACAAACCUUACUUAUGCAUAUUCUUGCAAAUAUUCUCGAUUCGAUAGUAGAAAAGAUCUCGUUCGAUCAAAAUGUUGGAGGGACUCGUUGCUUGGGUGCUGAACAAUUAUCUUGGCAAAUAUGUGGAAAAUUUAAACACAGAUCAGCUGAGCAUUGCUUUGUUAUCAGGGGAAGUUGAAUUAGAAAAUUUACCCUUGAAACGCGAAGCUCUGCGCCACAUUGGAUUACCGAUGGAAAUUAAGGCUGGAUUUAUCGGUAAAGUUAGAUUACAAGUGCCAGUUAGACAAAUAAGGACCGCAUCAUGGGUAAUAGGUAUAGAGCAGCUUUAUCUAGUGGCAGGACCAAUUAAUUUGGAUGAGUACGACAACGAACAAGAGGAACAAGCAAUAUUAGAAUAUAAACUCAGUCGAUUAGAUGCAUUAGAAGCCAGAUGGAGAGCUGACAUAGAACACGACCCUGGUUAUUAUGCUUCAAGUUACAGUUCUUGGCUACAUUAUGGCACAUCUUUAGUAACAAAUAUCAUUGAGAAUUUACAGUUGAAUAUUAAAGAUGUUCACAUUAGGUAUGAAGAUGGUGUUACAUUCUCAAGUGAUAAUGGUAUCGCAUUUGGUAUUACAAUUGGAGGAUUAACGGCUCAAAGUUGUGACGCUAGCUGGAUACCUGGUUCUACGUCUUGGAAUCUUACAGAUGCAUCUUUUAAACUAAUGGAACUCGAUAGUCUUUCCGUUUAUUGGAAUCACGUCAAAAAAGAUCAACUCUUUGGUGGUUUGAAUCUAGGCGAUUUAGCUAUUGCCAUGAAUGAAACCAAAACUGUGACGAAGGGACACAUUUUAUCACCUGUAAACGCAAGAGCACAUAUUAAGAGAGAUAGAACUGUACGUCCAUUGAGGUCUAUUAACAAGCCACGUAUUGUAGUGGAUUUACUUUUGGAUGAAGUACCAUUGUCUUUGACAGACAUUCAAUACGAAGAAAUGGUCAAAUGUAUCAAGGAACUCGACCGCAUAGAUCGUCGUAAGCAGCAGUUGCGUUGUAGGCCGGUAACGUUCGUUAAAACGAGUUGUAAAGAAUGGUGGAUAUACGCUGCUAGGUGUCACCUGGGCAGAGAUACGCUUAAACCUAAGCCAACUUGGGAAAACCUUCUCCUCAAAGCCAAAGAGAACGUUAGUUACGUUCAAGCGUACACUAAAUUAUUGGGCACACCGACUUCAGUCUUACCACCGGAAACUAAAACUCUGAAAGAAAAGGUCGAAAACGAGCGGACUUUCGAUGAGCUCCGGGUGUUGAGAGAACUGGCCAUGCACAAGGUGAAACCCGCAAAGUCGCAACAGGAAUCUAACACGAAGGUGCCAGAGGGACGUGGCAUGCUCGAGCAGUGGUUUCCGCAGUGGUGGGGCUGGUACUCGAAGACACCUCAUAGUAACAAUGGAACGCAAAACGGAGGUAGUUCGACCACCUUUGAUGGAGAAUUGCUGGACGUCUUGGCGGACACUAUGAAUGACGAUACUCUGUUACGUCGUGAUACGGUAUUCGGACAGUUUAAUUUCGCUCUGGUGCAGGGUGCUGUAUCGCUGUGUACCGCGAGAAAUGGCUGUGACGGUACGAAGACUGUGAUAGAACUGAAGUUCGAGAGGGUGAAUCUGAGUUACGAGUCACGACCCAGAUCCGGAUCGCACAAGUUCUCGAUCAGCUUAGGCGCGUUAUAUUUACACGACUUCCUCACAGAGAAUUCGACGUUUCCCAUCUUGGUGCAGCCGCAAAUCGUGUCUAGCACUUCUUCGCGCGUCCGUAAUUUAUCCUCGGAGAAAGUUACGAAACAAACGCCGCACCAUCUUUUUGAAUUGGUCUACGAGAAGAGGCCGUUGCACGUCAAUGUGGAUCAUUUGUUGCACAUGUACUCGCAAUCUUUGGACGUCGUGUACAAUCCUACUGUGAUAUACUGGUUGAUAGACUUUAUAUAUAAGCCGCAUCGGUCGACGUCAUCUAAUCAACAGUUGCAGGCGAUGAAGCGUCGUACGAGGAGACAGCUGAUCAAAAACUGGGAGCAGAUCUUGGAUGGCGAUUUUGUGUAUCGUUCGUCGUGGGAUCUGCAAUUUAAAAUCUCUGCGCCACAGAUCUUGUUGGUGGAGAACUUUGUCGAUUCUAAUGCAGCCGUGAUAGUGGUUGAUUUCGGCAAGUUACAUUUAUCGAACUAUGCCGACCUGAAUGAAGUAAUGCUGAAAACGGAAUCCAUUAACAGCGAUGACGAUGACGACGAGGAAGAGAGAUACGAGACGCCUUGUUCCACUCCACCAGGCAGCCAGGAAAAUGGUUCUUUAAAUGAUUUUCAAGCUUUAUCAGAGACGGAGCUACAUAAGAAAUUGUACGAUCAGUAUUGUAUUAAUCUGGUGGACUUACAGAUUUUGGUAGGUAAAGCGAAGGACAAUUGGAAACACGUUCGCAUGAGGAGUAUGUCGACUCUGCACUUUCUCGAGCGUUUCAACAUAUCAUUGCAAGUCGAACGGCGAAUCUUUACCACUUCGGAUCCUAAUUUCCCGUCGGUUACGGUAUCCGGGAAUCUGCCGAGAUUGGUGGUGCACGUGAACGAGCAGAAAGUGGGCGCGAUACGCUUGAUGUAUAAUUUACUUUCGAGCUUCUCCAGCUCGGCCGGAGUCCCACAGACGGAAGUCGUUAACGUAGAACCCGAGAGUCCCAGGAAGGAGGAGAAUUUAGAUCGUUCGUUGAGUCAUGCGGUAAUGGCAUUUAUUAUUGAUCAAAUGGCCUUUGAGUUGCAGUCGAGAGGUCGCAGCGUAGCGGAGCUGCAAGUAUCUGGAGUUCGAGCAGCUCUCAGCAAGAGGAUGGCGGAUCUAAGCGUCUCUCUCUCCGUCCACGGACUGCUUCUCGUCGACGCUCUUCAGGAAUUCGGGCCUGACUUCGAAUUAUUGGUGGCCAGCCACAAGCACGUCGGUAUGGACAGUGUUUCUGGCAGUUUGAGAGACUCGGAGCCAACGUCUCCUGUCUCGCCAGAGUCGCCCGAGUCACCAGACUUUACGAGACCACCGCGACUAACUUCGCCUGUAGCUCUGACCAACGCAUUGUCCACCUUGAUGAACAAAAACAAGACGCCACACUCGCCUAGAAACAACUCGUCGGUCUGCUUGGAAAAAUUGGACUCGGAAGCGCUGAUCGUCGUAGAGCUGACGCUGGUGGAUGAUGCUACGGAGAACUUGAGAAUGGCGAAUAUACAGUUCAACAAUCUGGAUAUCAUAGCCAAUCAGGAGACGAUAGUAGAGCUGCUGGGCUUCUUCCGAAGGAUUUUGCCGCUACAGAAAUCGCGAUCCGCGUACAUCGUGAACCGCAACGAUUCUCUGUCGAAUCAGAAUACAGAGACGAGAUUGACCUCGACCAGAACGGAGAUCACCUUUGACUUUCAUCGCUUGAACGUGCUUCUUUUGCGCGCGGUCGUGCAUGAUAACCAAUUGGUCGGGCAGAAGAUCGCUACAGCGACCAUGUCGGACGCGCGGAUACAAGCGACAUUGGCCGCGAACACGUCCAUCUCGGGUUCCCUCGGCGGUGUACAGGUUCUCGAUCAAACGCCAACUGGAAAGACCCAUCAGCGGAUCAUCAGCGUGGGAAGGGAUCCGCUGGCGGAUCCGCCGCAUCAUCCGCUCGAGCACUUCAGCAGUUUGUCCGACAACGAACAACCGGAAGCGUUUAGGUUUGUGGUGAACCGAAAUACCAGGCAGGCUAUUAGCGAAGAGGACUGCAUUGAGAUCGACCUUGAUUUCACCAUACGCGUGGCCAGCGUCUGGUACACUCAUGCGCCGCAUCUGAUAUCGGAGUUGCGUUCGUGCGCCGACGAAUUCAAGCAGUACUUGAGCAACUUUGCUCGUCAGAUCGGCGCGGCCGCUACCGACAUGGCGAUCGGUUUGGUGAACGCUGACGAUUGGACUAUUCAGCCGCGUAAACGAUUACCCAGCGUCUCGAUCGAUCUGGAUAACACGAAUGCAUUAUCACUGAGGUUGGACGUGCUUCUGGAAAGUCCGGUGCUCGUGAUACCGCGCUCUUCGCACAGCAAACAGGUAUUUGUAGCUCAUCUAGGCACGAUGUCGCUGCGCCACGAACCCAACUUAGGAUCAAUGGCGAAGCAUAAAAUUACCUUGGAAGUGCGCGAUAUGAAUCUUUAUUCUCUUGAAGUGUCCACCAACACCGGACAGUCGCAUAACAACUUACCGAUGAGGGCCGAGGAUAUGUACUCCUGUAAGGAGUCUGGCAGGCCGAUAUUGCAUGACACGACGCUGAAGAUUCUGGUGGAGAAACAGAAUACGCUGACGCAGAGUAUGAAUUUCCUGCUGGACAUUGACGAAUUUACGAGUAACAGCCCGAUUGUUCAGGUGAACGGUGCCGUGAUAACGCCGCUGAAGGUAUCUUUGUCACGUGGCCAAUAUGAGCAAUUACUCGACACUUUUCAUCGAUUGUUCUCCAUGCCCGCGGUAACUCCUACAGCCGCGGUUUCGACGGAAUACGACGAUCCGGACGGAGUAUCCGACUACUCGGAUAAACUGGAUCUCUGCGUGAAGGUCUCGUUUGAGCUGCCCAUCCUCAGCGUGGAGCUGAAGCAGGCGCACUCGGAACAGCCACUGGUAGAGCUGUCGAUGCGUGACUUUGUCGUCAAGUACGAUAAAUUGCAUCGGAACGAGUCUAGCGUGCAGGUCGCGCUGCGUUCCCUGUUGAUGGAAGAUCUUCUCUGUCCGAUCGGCUCGAGGCAUCGUUACAUGAUGCAGUCUUCGGCGCCUACGCGUGCAAAAUUGCUCACGGGCGCUUCGAAAUCCUGUCCGGAUCUCGCCUUCACGCGACAGUACAAGAACUUCGCUAUCGGUCGUGGCAGUUUACCGGAUCGUCUGGAGACGGACACUUUGUACGGCGCCAUUCCGCCUCACUGGCGCAGGAAACCGACGAUCUCGUCGGCCGAAACGCCGAACACCCCGCCACCCUCGCCGGGCGGCAUCACCAGCGAAGAGAACCUGGUGCUAAUGAGCAUCACCAUGACGCGACCCGAUGAAGGGAUCGUCACGGGGGAAGAUCAGUUUUACCGGAAAAUGGUAACCGUGGACUUCAAUUGUCUGGACUUAGUGAUAAGCGUGGAGUCGUGGAUGGUGGUGUUUGACUUCUUUGGGAUUGCAGGCCUGUCUGGGACGGCGGGUACCGAAAUCCCCACGCGUCAAACCACGCCGGACAGCGAUAGCGUUAGCACAGGCAGCAAGGUAGACGACAAUCUGCCGGUGAUAUCGGAAACCGAGAUAGAAGUGAGGUCGUUGACGCUGGUGUUGACGCAAUUGGAACGCGAGAUAGCCAAGGCCAACGUGUCCAACGCCAGUCUGCACAUUCUCAAAGCGGUGGACGGCAAGACCAAAAUAUCGGGAUCAUUAGGUUCGAUGUCAUUGCUGGAUUUGACGCCACAUGGUAGAUUCUAUCGCGAGAGAUUCCUAUCGUCCGGCAGGAAGGCCCUGAACUUCCAAUACUCCAGCUACGCCGACUACGAGGAUCGACCACACGACGCACGACUGAAGCUGGAGAUGUCCGCCGUGCACUACGUUCACACGCAGAGAUUCGUGGCGGAGUUGCAGGCUUUCUUCGGGCAUUUUUCGCAGCUGUGGAGCAUCAUGAAGAACCUACGGGCUGGCGUCGGUGCCGUCAUAGACAUGAACAAGCGUGGUACACGACUGUCCUUGCAAUUGCAUGCUGGUGCACCAGUGAUACUGUUGCCAGUGAGUUCCAGAUCUGACGAAUUGAUUCUACUGGAUUUGGGAGAGCUCACGGCUCACAACAGAUUUGACGUGUCGACGAUCGUUCCGGAAUGCUUGCUGGACGUGAUGCUGCUCGAGCUGGUCAACAUGGACGUGUACGCGGCGCGAAGAUACAAGUGUGACGACACAAACUUGAACGAAGACGCGGACACUUUGACGGUAGGUGGCUUUCUGAUCAAGAAAAUGGGCUCCUCGCUGCUCACGGAGAAGUGCCAUUUGAAACUCCGCGUCGAGCGGAAUCUCGACACUUAUAUUAACCGCGACAUACCCGAUCUCAGCGUGCACGGUAUACUAUCGACGAUGGAUUGUGCCUUGGAUCCGGAGCAAUAUAUGCUGAUUCGUGGUCUUUUGUCCUACAACAUCGGCGAGAACUUGGACGAUUUGCGUCUUCUGGUGCAAGACCUGAAUCACACGGUGGAAUAUGCGAUUCCGACGGCGGAUAAUCACUUGAAGACCUGGACCCGAUCCUGCAUAAUUCUCGAGCUAGUGAACGUGACCGUAAAAUUACAUCCCAGUCAUAACAUCGCAGCGUUGGCGUGCAUCAACUUCAUCAAGUCCCGAUUGACCCUGGACUCGCUGAGCGACGGUUCGCAGGACAUCGAUCUUGUGUCGCAGGAGAUUCUGAUUGUGGACACGCGUUUCCAGAAUGAACCGGUUGAUCGGCAGUGUAACGUAUUCACGCAAAUCCUGCAGCCGUUGAGGAACUCGACCGACACCAACGUCAAGAAGGAUCUCGUUCAAGCCGAAGUGCAUCAUCGGAAGCGCAAGGCUUAUUCAGCGACUACCAUCCUGUUGCACAGCAUGCGAUUGACUGCCAUUCUAGACUGGUGGCAGGCCGUACGAGACUUUCUGCUGCUAAACUCGCCUGAACCGGAACCUAUAUCCUGCACUGCUCAGAUAUCAGUAGUUAAUCAAGAAGCGGAAGUCGACAGUGCCGCAACCAUACCGUUUGAGUUGAAGAUCAACAUCAUUGAUUCCGAAUUGGUCAUCGUCGAGGACACCGCGAUUCUCGACACCAACGCGGUGAUUCUCAAAACUACCGCUGUUUUGUCCUAUCGCUCGAUGUCGCAGGAGGGCGAGAAGCCACUGUCCUGCAAUCUCUCGAAUUGCGAAUUAUUUUCCUGCAUUUUAGGUCUGGAAAACGAGACUGCCUUGUCGAUCAUAGACCCGGUUGGAGCAAGCCUAGAACUAACUCAAGACAAGUGUCUGGAGGCCCAAUUGCAACCGCUGUGCGUCAGAUUAAGUUACCACGACGUGACCAUGUUUUCUAGAAUGUUGAGCUCACUUCCCAAGCAGACCUUAUGGGCAAAACAGAGAUUUAGCGAAACAGUAACGGAGGGUAGCCAGAUGUUAGCGGAUACUCAGGUGUUGAAACUGGCCAACCUGGGGUUUGCGGAAGCCGACUGCAAGAUCGCAUUGGACCGCUGCGAUGGCCAGCUGGACGACGCUGCUCUCUGGCUUACGCAGAAUGCGGAGCCGUCAGGUUCAGAGGUCGCGAUCGCAGCGGCGACCGACGACUCCGUCUUUCGUGCGGUGGAGUUGGAAGCAUCUUGCAUCCGAAUCUGCAUCAUCGACGACUGCCGUGACGCGGACGUGCCGCUACUGGAGAUCACCCUGGCGGACUUUAGCAUGAGGAAAAUAAAUCAGCAGCCUGGUUUGCUGUCUGGCAUCUUUAGCGUAGAUUAUUACAAUCGAGUGUUGAGCGGCUGGGAACCGUUUGUCGAGCCUUGGCAAGCAAACAUUGAAUGGGAAGAGGCGCUCGCUGGCUCUCUCGAGUCAAAGAGAAUGUAUGUAUCCAUCAACUCUGAGGAUUCCGUGAACGUGAACGUUACCCUGACGUUGGUGGAGCUCGUGCAACUAGUUAAACACAAUUGGACGCAGGAUUACUUGUCCAUCGAUAGUACGAUCAUCGGGAAAUCGGCGACGAAGGGACAAGUAUACCGACGUCGAUCGCCCUUCGUACCUUUUGCCUUGAAGAACGAUACCGGUUGUAGACUUUGGUUUAAAACAUUUAUUGCCAUCGCGGACGAUACUAUAGAUAUCAACAAAACGUCAUCUCAAGCGAAGAAGAACGUCUCGAACAAAGACGAUACGUGGAUAGAGGUAACUCCUGGAGGUACAAUGUCGUUCACAUUCGAAGGUAGAGGCAAGAUGAGACAUCACUCAACCCACAUCAUCAGAAGACAUCAGAUCGCGGUUUUGAUCGAGGGAUGGAAAGCGGUGGAUCCUGUAACUGUCGAUCGCGUAGGCAUUUAUUUCAGACACGCGAAUGCUGACAUCCCCGGAUCUCAGGCAAUAACACCGAAAGCUAGAGUCGUAUUCGCUGUAGAAUUGGAAGGAUCUGCCAGGAAAUUAGUCACUAUUAGAUCAGCCCUCCAGGUAUCCAACAAGCUAACUCACCCAAUUGAGAUCAAGAUGGAACAAUCUUUGAAUCAGCUGUCGGCAUAUUUACCGCUGACCUCGGCUAACACUGGGAGAAUUCUCCAAGUACCGGCACAGUCGGUGAUGUCUGUCCCUUUGACGCAUACUGGAGUGCAAAUGUGUUUCAAACCUCACAUCUCGAACUAUUUGUUUCAAUAUUGCGUGGAAUCCGUAGACUGGACGAUAGUUAAGAAGCCGUUGGAAGUGACGGAAAGCUACAUCACUUGUCGAACCAAUCAACAUAACAUAUUCAGAAUGUGCGUAGCAGUAAGACGAAACAAUUAUCCGCUCGACGGUGUGCAAGUAUUACCGGCGCAUACAAUCACGAUAAUGGCUCCGAUAACGCUAACGAACUUAUUACCGUACGAAUUGAUGUACGAAGCAGGCGUAGAAGGCGGCAGAGUCGCCCCAGGUUGCAGCGCGGAUCUGCAUUGCGCCAAUCUAAUCGAGCAUCUGGAAAUUGCAAUUCAAUUGGACGGUUAUCCGGGGUCUGGAAUAAUAAUAUUACCACCGAACAGCUGUUCCUUCACCGCUCGUCUCAAACUGCUGGAUUCUGCCAGCAGGAUGCUGUGCCUACAGGCGGCUGUGAUCGUGGAGAAGGGUUCAGCUGUACAAAUCAAUAUCACUGCACCUUACUGGAUUGUAAACAAAACUGGUUUACCGUUAGUAUUUAGGCAAGAGGGAGUCGGCAUAGAAGCAGCGGGACAAUUUGAAGAGCAUGAAAGAGCGAGGAUGGUGGCACCGUUACUAUUCUCGUUUAGCGACGAGGAGGCCAGUAGGACAUUGUCGGUUAGAAUCGGCACCGAGGUGCAUCCUUACGGGAUACCACAAUGGUCUCAGCACUUUCAUCUACAACCUGGCAUUCAUGUUCACCGUUUGAGAAUUAGCCUGCGCGACGGUAGACCCGACAUAGUCUAUUUGAUCAGUGUAGCUACUCGCGCAGCAAGAGGAAGAUAUAGAGCUACUACAGUAGUCACGUUAUCACCGAGAUAUCAAUUACACAAUAAAUCGUCUUAUACGUUGGAGUUGGCUCAAAAGUGUUUCACCACGACUGUUUCUCAUCCGGAUGCUCAGGCAACAUAUAUAACGACCAUGCCCGAUUGUCACAUGCCUUUUCACUGGCCACGGCUGGACAAGGACUUAUUGCUCUGCGUGAGAAUCACCAAUGUACCGGAUUGCAUGUGGUCAGGUGGCAUCAGAUUAGACGACAAUUAUUCAUUGACCAUUAAUGUCAGAGACAUAAUGGGGAAAAUGCAUUUUCUACGGGUAGACGUGGUGCUACAGGAGACUACCUACUUCAUUGUAUUCACGGAUGCUGAUACUAUGCCACCGCCUAUAAGAGUAGAUAAUUUCUCGGAGGUUCCGUUGAUCGUCAAUCAGAUUAGAGUCCCUGAUAAUUUGCAAUGGACCGUAAGACCUCACUCGUCGGUACCAUACGCUUUAGAUGAACCAAUACAAACUGCCGGUUUGGUGUUAACCGCACCUGGAGGCGUCAUAGCCUCUUACGACUUAAAUAUACUCGGAGAGGGCAGAGGACUAACCUACGAAAACUUUAUUUACAUUGCGUUCUCAGGCACCUUCAAGACCGAUUCUGAUCUUGGAUCAGGCGAAAGCGACCUGGAUCCGCUGGACGUGGAAACUCAGAGAUUAGUCUUGGAAGCUGGCCCUGGUGGGUGGGUCGCUUUACGAAGGAAACAGUAUGGUGAUAGGGCACAACUUUGGAGAAUGACCGGUGACGGGCAAUUGCAGCACGAAGGUUCUAGUCCACCAAGGGACAAGCAUUUUAAAACUCCGGACACGAUAUACGUUUUGGACAUAGCGGGCACCGCGCCGCAACCGUUUAAUUAUUGUGCCCUCGCUUUGAAGAAGCCGGAUCCUAGGCGAAGAUCGACGCAGACCUGGCGAUUCACCGAUGAUGGACGUUUGUGCUGCGCGCAUAAAAAUAUGUGUGUUCAGUCGAAAGACGGCUUUAUGGGAUUAUACGAAGGCGGCAGUGUCGCCCGUUGGCAAAUGUGGAGCGAAGCGGUAUUGGGUCCGCAAAUGCACGGUAAUCCACCUCCGAUUGAACAACGAGUGGGUAGACAAAAAUUACGCCCUGGUUCUGGAUUCUUAUCUGUCAGAGUCACCACUGACGGUCCGACUCGCGUUUUGCAAGUUCUGGACAUUAAAGAAAGAAAAAAAACGUUUGCCCUACUCGAAGAACGCGACUGGUCGCACAUCGCUGUGAAUCACCGGCCUACCCGGAUCGAUGCCGAUAUGAAAAAGAUGGAUUCCGGUGAAUUGGACCUAAAAGUGAACUUAUCGGCCGGCCUCGGAUUGUCCAUCGUGUCGCAACGUCCCCUGGAAGAGCUCUUGUUCGCGCGAUUAGCUGGAAUAUCCCUGGACAUGUUGCAAACCCCGUUAAAUACCACGUUGGACCUGAGCGUUGCUGACGUGCAAAUCGACAAUCAGCUAUUCGAAGCUCAAUGCACGUCGGUUUUGUUCGUCACACGUUCAUCCCGCUCGGAAGAUGAGUAUCGACCCGCCCUCCACCUGGCCGCGGAGAAGCUGCAGUCGAAGAAUCAAAACGCCGAGAUAUAUAAACACAUCAUAGUGAGUGUCAAGGCCUUGUGCGUACAUUUGGAGGAGAAAUUUAUCCUAAAACUGGCAGCGUUUCUCGGAAUUGGCAAGUCAGAGCUGGAAAUGCCAGUGGACGAGAAUGAUUUCAAAGCGCAAAGAUUUAUCUCCGAGGUGUCUGCCGCGCAUGCCAAAAGAUAUUACUUUGGCGCCCUGAAGCUCGUUCCUAAUCAGGUAAAACUUAGUGUACUUACUACGACAAAGUUGCCGCAUCAUCUGCAAGCCGUAAAGAGAAAAUUAGGCUUGACUCUGAUCAAUUUUGAGAAUGCCACUAUCGAAUUGGAGCCAUUCGUGAAGAAGCAUCCUUUCGAAAGUAGUCAAUUCUUAAUGCACUCCAUCGUGAAGCAUUACAAAGAUGAAUUGAAAUGGCAAGCUGCAGUUAUUCUAGGUUCCGUGGACUUUUUAGGGAAUCCUCUUGGAUUCAUGAACGACGUAACGGAAGGUGUUUCCGGUCUUAUAUACGAAGGCAGCGUGAAGAGUCUAGUGAAAAAUGUCACGCACGGUAUUUCAAACUCGGCAGCGAAAGUGACGGAAUCUCUGUCAGACGGUUUGGGAAGAGUGAUCAUGGAUGAAAGACACGAAGAGGCCAGACAGAGGAUCCGAGCAAACACCACAGGCAGCAGCGAUCAUUUGGUGGCAGGCUUAAAAGGUUUCGGCUUUGGUCUGUUGGGUGGUGUCACUAGUAUAUUCAAGCAGACCUACGAUGGAGCAACUAAUGAGGGUUUUCCAGGUUUCUUUGCGGGUUUCGGAAGAGGAGUAGUUGGGACGAUAACAAAACCGGUCGUCGGGGUUUUAGAUCUGGCGACGGAAACAGCUAGUGCUGUACGAGAGACAAGUAGAAGUGCUCAUCGCGCGAUACCGAGACGCGAUCGACCUCCACGUGUCGUCAGUGGUUCUACCGGAUUGCUGCCGCCAUAUAAUCGCCAGCAGGCUGAAGGACAAGAGUUCCUAUAUAGCAUUAACAAUCGCGACUACUCGGAACUUUUCGUGGCUUACGAGUGUCUGUGCAGCGGUACGGAGAAUCUUAAAGUGCUCGUGUCGAACGAGAGAGUACGCGUUAUCUCGGGUGGCACGAAGGCCGUGGUAACCCAGGUCAACCUGGCGGAUCUUUUGCGUUGUCAACCGAUGCAGAAGACGCAAAGCAACAGUGUGAUCCUGUAUUAUAUAGAGCUGAUAUCCAGAUCCGAUUCAUCAGCCGCGGUCAAUUUGGACGGAGUGCCUGAGCUGUUGAGGCGACCGAAAGUGCGCUGCGACAACGAGGAGGUGGCAAAACGCGUAUCGCAACAAAUCAAUUAUGCCAAAGGGAUGCACGAGGAACGCAGUCUGACGUUAUCAUCGUCGGAUAAUAUGUUGGACGACGUACAAUACUAUAAGUAAUUUGUUAGAGCGAAUCUCGACUAGAUUUCUUUCUUCUGACAUACAUGAUUCUUUGACAUGCUAGUCGACUUUUCUCGUAGAACGCACGAUCGGAUAUGGAUCCUUGCCUUAGUUACGACGCUUAAUGUUAAGUUUAAAAAGACUGAUGCAAAGUACCAUAAUAAUUAAAUAACUAUACCUGACGGGGUAUGAGUCGCUCGUGAUUUAAACGUAAUUGAAUUAUGGUUUCGCGUCUUACAGUUGUGACGCAAGAUAAUAAACGCAGGAAUUUUUGAUACGUAUUAAUAAGAUGUAAAAAACUUAUAAAAUAGAUAGAACUCUGAGAGAAAUUUUCUAACAAUGUACAUACGCGCGCGUGUAUAUUCUGUAAUAUCGCAAAUACAUGAUUUUGCAUGAUGCAUGUUCAGGGUGUCCUAGAGUCAUUACUUUACGGGAUAUGUGAUACUUUGGAGUCGAUUGUUUUUAAUGAAAACGUACGAGAAAUUUUAUAAUCUCUGUGAUAAAAAACUAACAACUUUUCGUUAUCAUUUUUAAUUAUUUUUUAAUGACUCUUUCAAAGUCUCGACUUUAAAAUAGAUUUGAAAUGUGUUCUUUCAGAUUUCUAAUUAGGACAUGUUGAUUUUGAAACACACUGUACAUGCAUUUAUAUGUACAUAUGUAUUAAAAAGUAGCGAAUUACUUAUCUACGAAAUGAGAUGACUUAGACUUAAUGCGAUACAUUAGGAGCAAUUAAACAAAAAUUUUUAAUAUAUGUUUACAUCCAACAAAAUAUAAAUGUUAUAAAACAUUAAUUUUUUAUGCACAUUUCUUUAGUAGCACAUGUGUCUCUUUGUUUAAUCCUAUUUACACUUUCAGUUUUCUAAAUAACUUAAUGUGCUACUUUAUACAGAAACAAUGUACAUUUCAUCUCAAGGCUAUUCAAGACGAUCUGUAACUUGUGACAAAAUUCAAGAAAGAGUUCUAUUUAUAAUUUUAUACGUCGCAUGUAUUUUAAUGUAUGUGUCUUUUGAUAUAUAUUUUCAUUUGUAUUGUAUUUUACGCAUUCAAAUAUUUUCU